AUGGCAAACCUCAUAUCUUUGAACGCACACGAUGCUCUCCUAGAGCCUUUACCGGACCUAAAGGUUAGCGCCAAGCACACCAUCAGUUCCGCCUUGCACCCGGUCGAUUUUACGGGAGACAUGCGGCCGUGGCUUAACUUCCCGGCCGAGGUCCUUAACACUUACAACACUCAGACCUGGAGCCAGCAAGCGAUAGAUGCCAGGUUUACAGGGCUAAAUGCGGCUAGUUCAACCACCGAGGAACAUGUUGUCGUUUCCUGCGAGACAGAUGUUCAAGGGAGAUUUUUGGGGCGCGCAGGUCAAGUUCUCGGCGCCGUGUUCAAGGACCAGCGGCUGGACCUUACGUUCAGCAGCUUCAAAGGCGCCAAGCUGCCGCAUGAGGGAUAUCGCAAGUUUCCCGAUUUUGUCGUCAUGCAUCCAUCUGGCGAAGCAAAGGUUGUUGGAGAAGCCAAGGUACCAUGGGUACCACAACAUUCGUUAAGCGAUGCCAUUUCUCUCUUUGACUCGCAUGCAGAAGAGAAUUUUCGGCACCUGCUAGGUAACCCAACACCUCAUAUCCUAUUUUUACCUACUAACACAGGUUUAUAUAUAGGUCAGAUUGCAACAUACAUGCUUGAGACGGAGAUCAAGCAUGGCUUCCUAACGACAUACGACGAAACCGUUUUUCUCCGCAAGGUGGAUGUGAACAGACAAUGGGUUCUGGAGUACUCUCCUGUGAUCUUCAACGAUAAUCAGGGAAGUUCCAUGGGUACGACUGGAGUGUCUCUUUCCCAGUGUCUGUACCACAUCGCACUUGUAGGCCUGGGGGAUACGUAUUUCGGAGUGAAUAUGGGUACUCGGAAUCAAGACUGGACUAUAGUCCGGACAUGA